AUGACCAGCGAGGCCUUCUUAGCAGCAUUCCACCGGUUUACCAGUCGGCGUGGCUUGAGCAAGGAAGUAUAUUCCGAUAAUGGGAGUAACUGCAAGGGUGCCAAAUCGGAGAUGCACGAGCUGUAUCAACUCUUCCGAAACCGCGAAGCUGUUAACCACAUCGAGGAGUAUUGUCAACCGAAGGAAAUCGCCUGGCAUUUCAUCCCUCCCGAAGCACCGAAUUUCGGCGGCCUUUGGGAGGCUGCGGUGAAAAGUGCCAAGUACCAUCUGAAGCGAACUUUGAGAGAUGCCAAGCUGACUUUUGAGGAAUACGCUACGGUAUUAACGCAGGUGGAGGCGAUCCUCAAUUCUCGACCUCUUUUCUCCAUGUCUGCCGACCCGUCCGAUCCAGAGUGA